AUGAACGGUCUAGAAUCACUGACACCUUCUAACUGUAAGACGAAUACAUUCACCAAGAAUGAGUCCGCCGUGUGUACGUUUCAAAUAUGGAUUCAAUCGAAGAAAUAUACUCUCAGUCAACCAUCAUCAACAGUACCAAUUUGGGAAAAUAAAGCAUCUUUAAGUCUUAGUACAGUAGAUACAUCGCCAUCUACUUUGAAAGACGAGCGAAUUGAGUUAAAAAUAUCCGCAUUAAAACAUACCGAUAGAGUCAUCAAUGCAACGACAGUGAAUUUUGAUUACAGUCGCGUUAUUUCGCAACUUGCUGCUAAUGAAAGUGUCACAAUAGAUAAUCCAAUACCAUAUGAUAGUUACAUAAAAAAUGCGGGAUCAACAUUUGUGGUGCCGUUUUGCAUGCCAUGUCAUACAUCUAGUAAUAGUUCUGAACCGAUAACAACAUGCAUAAAAGCGGAAGCCCGAACCUGUGGAAUUUAUAAAUGUGGAGCGUGUUAUUGGGCCAAACCAAUAGAGGAGCACGUAUUGGCCGCGUUUGAACAUCAAAAAAUCUUCUGGAUAAACACUCGAAAUAUUACCUUUAGCUUUUGGUAUACUUGUACGUUACCAUACUGCAAUACAGAAAAAAAACAAGACGAAAUUAAAUCGUUGUAUGAACUUAAUUUCGAUAUGAACAAAUUUGCUGGAGAGGUUGUUAUUUCUACUACCGAACUGCCUUCUAGCACCGCCAAUAAUUCAUUGUGCAGUAACAUCGGAGUAAUCGUCAUUCUUCUGUUCUGUCUCUUAUUUGGUUGUGUCUAA